UGCUUUCUGCCCGUUUCUGUUGAAAGUUGGAUUGGGGUUGGAUAGAAAGUGUUCUGGGAAGCCCAGGAAACCUGGAUAGUUCUACACCGAUCAAUCCCAAUGACUCAAAUCACAACACAAUCCCAACGUUCAUCGUCUUGCACUCUUAACUAUAGAGAGAAGAGAACACUCAUCAACGUAUUUGAGGAGACCACAGUGCAUGAAUGCAGAGCACCCAUGUGCCAUGGGGGCGGAGCCAGUUCUUAGGGGAGGAGCCAGGUGUCAGGGUCGGUGAGGAGAGGACGUCAUGUUGAGGAAACGAAACCAAAGCCAGCCGACGUGGAAUCAGUUCUCUCGUUCAGGCGAAAAGAAAAGGUAUUUUGGAAAAAAAUAGUCUGCCAGACAGAAGCCAUAGCAAGGAAUGGCCUCUGCUAACACUGCCUGGUCUGAGGAUAACUUUUCAUGUUCCAUCUGUCGGGAUGUGUUCAACCAUACAGUUACCACACCAUGUGGACACAACUUCUGCAGAACCUGUAUUACUAAAUUCUGGGAUGAACAAGUCAAGUACAAAUGUCCUGUUUGCGACAAGCUUUUCGACACAAGACCUGAUCUACAGGUCAAUACCCUCUUAUCAGAGAGGGUUAAUCGCUUUGGAACGUCCGUACGAGUAAAAGAGCAGCCUUGUGUUGAACCAACAGAAGUUCUCUGUGACUUCUGUACUGGGACCCAGCUGAAGGCCGUGAAGUCCUGCCUAGUGUGUCUUAUCUCUUACUGCCAAACCCACCUGGAGCCACAUCAGAGAGUCGCAGGCCUGAAGAAACAUCGGCUGGUUGAGCCUAUGGACCGUCUGGAAGAAAGGAUGUGUAAGAAACACGACCGACUUCUGGAGCUCUUCUGCCAGAAUGACCAGGUGUGUGUGUGUCAGUUCUGCACAGAGGGUGACCACAGGUCCCAUCCUGUUGUACCUCUAAAGGAGGAAUAUGAAGUGAAGGCAGCCCAGCUGGGGAAGAUAGAAGCUGAAGUUCUGCUGAUGAUCGAGGAGAGACAAGAAAUUAUUCAGGAGAUUAAAGACACAGUUAAACGCAGCAAAGCAGAUGCAGACAGAGAGAUUGCCGAUAGUGUGCAGGUCCUCACAGGUCUGAUGCGCUGCCUUGAAAAGUGCCAGGAUGAUCUCAACCAAAUGGUUAAAGAGAGACUGAAAUCCACAGAAAAAAAAGCAGAAGAAUUCAUCAAAGAGCUGGAGCAGGAAAUAGAAGAUUUGACCAAUAGAAGCUCAGAGGUGAAGCUGCUCUCCGGCAAUAAAGACCACCUCUACUUCCUCCAGACCUUCAGAUCCCUGAAGAAACAUGCGCCCACCAGGGACUGGACGACGGUGGAGGUCCGUCCUCCGUCAUACGUAGGGACCUUGAGGAGAUCCUUGGAUCAGCUGGAGGAGACACUGAACAUGGAGAUGAAGAAGCUGCGUGAUGCUGAACUGAAGAAGGUCCAGCAGUAUGAAGUAGAUGUGACUCUGGAUCCUGAUACAGCUCAUCCCAGUCUCAUCCUGUCUGAGGAUGGGAAACAAGUAUAUCACGGAGGUGUAUGGAAGGAACUCCCAGACAAUCCUAAGAGAUUUUCAAAGAAGUUUUAUGUUCUCACGAGGCAGAGCUUCACCUCUGGGAGAUAUUACUUUGAGGUCCAGGUUAGAGACAAGACUAUAUGGCGUUUAGGCGUUGCCAGAGAGUCCAUCGACAGAAAAGGUCAGAUCAGAGUGACCCCUGCGACGGGUUACUGGAUUAUUACUUUCAACGACGAUGUGUUGGGCUUUAAUGAGGUCCCUGUUGUCCGUCUCCCUCUGAGAGGUAAGCUCCAGAAGGUGGGGGUGUUUGUUGAUUAUGAUGAGGGUCUGGUCUCCUUCUAUGAUGUAGAUGCCAGGGUUCAUAUCUACUCUGCUACUCGCUGCACCUUUACUGAGCCUCUCUAUCCAAUCCUCAAUCCAUGUACACGUUGUGAUGGUAGAAACUCUGCCCCCCUGAUCAUCUCACCUGUCAAUCAAACAGACUAGGACCUUUGUUUGAUAAUAAAUUAAUGAAUACUUCAAUAAUCAAUGACUAAUGUUGUUACCUGAAUUAGAAUAUGUACCAUUUGAGAUCUUAGAGAACUGUAUUUAUAUCAUAAUGUACGCUGUCAUUCGACAAGGAUAAUUUUAUUAAGAGACUUACACAAAGCAAGCAUAAUAAACUCAUCAAUUAUUAAAUAACUGUGGUUCAAUAUCUGUUUUCUCCUGGAUGUCUUUGAUAUGUUUAGUGAUGCAAAAUUGUUAAACGUUGCAGUCAAGUAAAAUGUUGAAAGUGUUAAAUGUUCAUUUUGAUCAAAAAUCGAUUUAUUUUAAACAAAACAAUUUAAGAAGUUAAUUUUGGUAGUUAAGCGAAUAAUGUAUGACAACACAAUCAAAAGUUUGUACACUUCAGAUAAAAAUGUCAGAAAAGUGAAAUGGGUACAUUCUCAGUACACUAUGCAUUAAUUAAUUAAGUAUGUAUUCAGUAGAAUAGCUACACUCUCAGUGCAAUAUGUAGAACAUGUAUGGGCUCUCUACAAUAUGUAUUCAGUGGAAUAGGUAUAUUUUCUGUACAUGCUGAUGGCUAGUUCAAGCAGUCUCACCUAAACACCGUACACUAGUACGGUAGUUCUUCAAACGAUGCAAACUUUCCAAAAGAGAAUCCCCGAAAAUGCCGGCGGUGGGAGGCGUACUCCCAUUCACUACCUCGACUGGUUUAUUUCACUCUAUAUAGCAUUGAAUUGAAGAUGUUUUUAUUUCGAACAAGGAAAGAAAAAGAAAAAAAAAACAAUAAUAAACAAUAAAAGGAUGAAACAAGUGCACAGUUACAAUAAAGUAAUAUUUACACACAAA